AUGGAGGAGAGCGGAGGCGAGUCCCGGAGCCCGGUCCCGGGCGGAGGCGCGAAGCACCGGUUCACAGAGCCCGGGAGCACCGGCGGGCGAGUGGCUGAGCCCGGACUCUUGCCCCAACCAGCUGCCCCCAGCCCAGUGACGCCAGCGGCGUCCCGUGACCCAGAUGAGACCACGAUCAGGGAUGCGUCCAAUGAACAGAUGGCAAAUACUGACACAGCUCAGUGGUAUAGUUUUCCUGGGGCUGAUCACAAUUCCUGUGGGUACGAAGUGGAACCAAGAGAGCAGACGACUGCUUCAGUCUCUCUAGAAUCAGACUUCUUUGUUUCGUUAAAACUUGCUGCCAUUUUAACUUUUAUUUUUGUUGCUGUCACAAUCUUAUUGGUUUGCUCCAAGCAGAAUGAGCCUCUUCUCCUCCACCCUGACUCACCAAAGUUCAGUCAUCAACAUUCACUGAACCAAAAGCUUCAUAAGCUGAGGCUGUUGUUCCCAAGACAAUCAGAUAGUUUUUGGGCAGCGCUGGAAAAUAUUUUCAAUCAGCUUCCCACUGACCCUGCUGAGAUUCCCAAAGCUCAGUUAGUUGGAGUUGGAUAUGGUGUUUCUUGGAACACAAUGCUUUGCCUCUCCAAGACUAUUGCCAGUUUAUUGCUAGUCAGUGCCAGUGAUCUAGGUCCAGAUGGAAAGAGUAAAGUGCGAGAUUACAGCCAGGUUCUUUGGUCUCAAGCUGGUUCCUCUCCCAGUCCAGGCACUUCUCAUAUUAUAAUUGCAGAAAUUGUGAAAAACCUCUCCUGUACUGUGACCCUGAGCCUGCAACCAGUCACUGAGCCAACAGCUGUGCCAACAUCCUUCGUCUCAGUGUGGUCCAUUAAUGCGGAGCCCAAGCAAGAGACUUUCCCUUCUAAUUUCACACUGAGAAUUAUGGCCAAGGUUUUACAUCAUCUCAACCAAACAGUACCCAUUAAUACAGACAUCCCAAACACCUCUGUUGUAACAGUGAAUCCUGAGGACCACUUGGAAAGUGGCUUUCUGUGCUGAGCCCGGUCACCUUACUGAUUGAUUUCACUUUUGCUUUAUUCGAUAAAUGAACACGGGAAAGAAAAUUACAAUGAAAGAAGUAUGUGGCAAAAAUCAAAAUUGUGAGCAGAUAACAGUUGACAAGCAAAUGUGUAGAGAAGGUGUGAAAAUCAGCAUUGUGAGCAGGGAAGAUCUCUGGGUUAAUUGUAUCUGGUGGAGCAGCACUUGUACUAAUGUUGGAUUGUAACCUUGCCAUUCCUUCCAGUUAACUGAAUAUGUCAUUCAUACUGACCCUGAAUAUCUGAAUUGACAGAUAUCUGUGCUGCCUGGAGUGCAUUUUAAAAUUUGUAUUGUAUUAUCUUACCAAUUUGAAUUGAUUCUCAGUGAAUACGGGAAGGAUAGUAAAAGCACAUUCAAAGAUAAGGAAUGUUAUCACUAAAUGACAAUUCUAACACACAUCUUUAACUUUAUGAUACCCAAUAUUGCCACAUUACCCAACCCUCCUUCAACCCUACUCCACCCCUGUCCAUUUCUUGCAGCUGCAUCAAAUAUCUGUUCAAGGUGACAAUAAAUUUCCCAUCAACCAUGCAUCAUGAAAUAAAAAGCUGCCAGUCCUAAGAAAAACUAUAUUUUCUGUAAACAGUGAUUUUUAUAUAAAUUUUAUAUUUGGAUAUGUAUAUGUGCAUUUUUGAGAUGGAUACCAAUAUUAAAUUGUA